AUGGCAGUGACCGGAGUUUCGUUGGCCGUUGGCCGUAUUCUCCGGCGCGACAAAACCACCCGCAAGCGCGUCCGGAGUAGCCGACCCGAAACUUCAGUGACCUACCAAAUUCUCGAGCAACUAGAUGGCGGCAACGUCUCGAAAGCCGUCUCUAUUCUCUUCCCUUCUCUAGAGCCAGUUAAAUUCUGGGUUUACGAGCGUCUCUUCCGUUCCUGUACUUCGAGAUCGCUUAUAGUGCAAGUCCGUAAAAUCGUAUCCCACUUGUAUACUUUCAAUCCCGUGCCGCCGAUUUACCUAGUGAACAGAGCAAUCGAGACCUGCGGUAAAUGUCAGUGUGUCAACGAUGCACGAGAGGUGUUUGAGCAAAUGCCUGAACGAGACGGUGGCUCUUGGAACGCCGUGAUCACCGCUUGUUCGCGAAACGGAGUCCACGACGAGGUGUUUCGUAUGUUCCGCAGGAUGAACAGAGACGGGAUACGAGCUACGGAGACUUCUUUCGCCGGUGUGUUGAAAUCGUGCGGUUUAGUCUUGGAUUUGAGAUUACUAAGGCAGCUUCAUUGCGCUGUGGUAAAGCAUGGAUUUUCCGGGAAUGUGGAUUUGGAGACUUCGAUUGUUGAUGUUUACGGCAAGUGUAGGGUUAUGAGUGAUGCGAGAAGAGUGUUUGAUGAGAUUGAAAACGCUAGUGAUGUUUCGUGGAACGUGAUUGUGCGGAGGUAUCUUGAGAUGGGUUUUAACGAUGAGGCCGUGGUGAUGUUCUUCAAGAUGUUGGCGUUGAAUGUUCGACCUUUGAAUCACACUGUUUCUAGUGUAGGUCUGGCUUGUUCAAGAUCAAUGGCACUUGAUGUAGGAAUUGUAAUCCACGCCAUUGCCGUCAAGCUUAAGUUUUUGCCAGACACUAUUGUCUCUACUGCAAUCUUUGAUAUGUAUGUGAAAUGUGGGAGAUUGGAUAGUGCUCGUAGAGUGUUUGAUCAAACCGAGUCGAAAGAUUUAAAGUCUUGGACUUCGGCGAUGUCAGGGUAUGCAAUGAGUGGUAUCACUAAAGAGGCAAGGGAGCUCUUUGAUCUGAUGCCUGAACGGAAUGUGAUCUCUUGGAACGCAAUGUUGGGAGGAUAUGUACGAGCUGGCGAAUGGGAUGAGGCGCUGGAGUUUCUCGCUUUGAUGCGUGAGGAGAUGGAAGAGAUUGACAAUGUCACUCUUGUGUGGAUACUAAACGUCUGCUCUGGUGUUUCAGAUGUUCAAAUGGGGAAGCAAGCUCAUGGCUUUAUCUACAGGCAUGGAUACGAUACGGAUGUGAUUGUAGCCAAUGCACUUCUUGACAUGUACGCAAAAUGCGGCACCUUUAGGAGUGCUAAUAACUUGUUCCGUCAGAUGAGUGAGCUAAGGGAUGAGGUUUCGUGGAAUGCUUUGUUGACUGGUUUGGCUCGUGUUGGCAGGAGUGAGCAAGCUUUGUCUUUCUUUGAAGGGAUGCAACUUGAAACGAAACCUAGCAAGUACACACUCGCGACGCUCUUGGCAGGUUGUGCAAACAUUCCUGCUCUUAACUUAGGCAAAGCAACUCACGCGUUCCUCAUCAGAAACGGUUAUGAUAUUGACGUUGUUGUUCGUGGUGCUAUGGUUGACAUGUAUUCUAAAUGCCGGUGUUUGGACUAUGCGAUCGAGGUGUUCAAAGAGGCAGCUACACGGGACUUGAUUCUGUGGAACUCUAUCAUUCGUGGAUGCUGUCGUAACGGGAGAAGCAGAGAGGUGUUUGAGCUGUUCAUGGUUAUGGAGGAUGAAGGAGUAAAGCCUGACCAUGUCACCUUUCUGGGGAUCUUACAUGCUUGCAUACGAGAAGGCCACGUCGAGCUCGGUUUUAAGUAUUUCAGCUCUAUGAGCACCAAGUAUCUUAUAUUGCCGCAGGUUGAGCAUUAUGAUUGUAUGAUUGAGCUCUACUGCAAGUAUGGUUGCUUGCAUCAGCUUGAGGAGUUUCUCCUCUUGAUGCCUUUUGAUCCAACUAUCCAAAUGUUGACGAGGAUACGUGAUGCUUGCAAAAGUUACCGAUGGGAAAAGUUAGGAGCAUGGGCUGGUAAACGGAUAUAUGAAUGA